CCCCCCUCAUUCGCGCGUUAGAAGGCUCAGGCCGUUGUGCUGUGCUGUCUUCCCGCCUGCGCCAGGGACCUGCCCAACUCAGUGGACCUCUGAGGAUUUCAGUGAUGUUUGCCACAGGUGAGCAUGGCAUCAGACGAGGGCAAACUUUUCGUUGGAGGGCUGAGCUUUGACACCAAUGAGCAGUCGCUGGAGCAGGUCUUCUCAAAAUAUGGGCAGAUCUCAGAAGUGGUAGUAGUGAAGGACAGGGAGACCCAGCGAUCGAGGGGCUUUGGGUUUGUCACCUUUGAGAACAUUGAUGACGCCAAGGACGCUAUGAUGGCCAUGAACGGGAAGUCUGUGGAUGGGCGGCAGAUCCGGGUUGACCAGGCCGGCAAGUCAUCUGAUAACCGAUCCCGUGGGUACCGAGGUGGCUCCUCGGGGGGCCGGGGCUUCUUCCGUGGGGGCCGAGGCCGGGGCCGUGGGUUCUCCAGAGGAGGAGGGGAUCGAGGCUAUGGUGGUAGCCGGUUCGAGUCCAGGAGUGGGGGCUAUGGCGGCUCCAGGGACUACUACAGCAGCCGGAGUCAGGGUGGCGGCUAUGGUGACCGGAGCUCAGGCGGGUCCUACAGAGACAGCUACGACAGUUACGCUACACACAACGAGUAAAAAUCCUGCUCAAGAUCGUCCUUCCAAUGGCUGUAUAUUUAAAGAUUUUGGGAGCUCCGCUGAAUCGUUAAUGUGUAGUGAAUCCACCUCCUUGUACCCACUUUUGUAGUCUUAUCAGUUCCUAUCUUGUCAAACACAGCCUGACUGCUUCUGACCCCAGAUGGCCUCAUUACUACAGUUUUCUUUUUAAAGAAGUGCCGUCUGUUUUUGAGGAUUUUAAACAUGUUUUGCAAAGCACUUCAGGUUUUACUUUUUAUCGUGAGCCAUGAGCUUUUUAGAAAAAUCAUUGAGGGUUGCGAGAGUUUGAGUUUGGGUUGUGUUGCCUUUUUUCUCUUUUUCGUGGGGUCGGCCCCAAGUAGUUAGGGGCCCCAAGUCACUUGUCUUUUGAGUCUGAACGGACUCUGAAUCCGCUCUUUGGCAGAAGCUGAGCACACUGUGGCUUUUUUUCAGCUCCGUGUAAUGUUCCUGAGCGUAGCAUGGUAUGGUAGGACCGGGUGGCGGCAGAGGUGCCUGGCUGCCUGGCCCCACCGCCCCUCUGUACUGUAUCAUCCACGGUAGACUUGCAGACGUCCCAAGAGUUUCUUGAAAAUGUUUAUUUAUAUUGUCUUUUUUUUACUGGAAGACGUGUGCAUAUGUCAUUGAUGUUGUAUUUGAAGUGGCUAAGGAAUUCUUGUAUGCAGUUUUCUUUGGCUUCACGAAGCCGAUUAAAAGCCCGUCUGAAUGAA